AUAAAAUUCAUACAUAGUCAUAGAUGAAUUUGAGAACAGCCGUUUAACUUGAGCAACGGCCAUGAACAAGAAUUGACGAUAGUACACAAAAGAACAACAACAGGGACAUUAUACUACGUCGUUUGUUUAGGGUGUGAAACUUCAAUUUGAAUUUUGGAUAAUUAAUAAUCUCUUUCGUUCUUCGAAUCCACAUUGCUAUAUACUACAUCCUUAGAUUAUAGAUCUGUCCCUUCUUCUCACACACGCCAUUUUCUGGAUCCUGACCGGGUCGGGUCGCGUUACUCGACCGUUCAACCAUCACCACGUACCGGCGCCGUAACCCCGCCGCUCCGCCACGUACUCACCGCCGCGUACCAGAUCGAAAAAAAGAAUUAAGCAGACAAAGUGAUGAUAAUAACUUAAAAGAAAAGAAUCAAAUAUGGAGAAUGAUCUACAAAAGUCUAUAUCUUCGCGCCUAAAUCGUAGAGGAGAUCGAAGUAAUCUAAAUCCUCAAGCUAAAGAUUUUGAAGUCGGAUUAUUUUCUUCAGGGAGGGUACCCCAAGAUUAUCCCAUGAAGAUUGUUUGGAAGAAAGGGUUUGUUCGAUUGGUUCUUGUAGGAGGGAUCUUGUGGAUGUUGUUAAUUCUUAUUGCAUUGUUGUUUCAUAUUUGGUCUUGUCAAUCUUCUGUCUCCUUUUUAUCAGCCAUGUGUAACAAAGAUAGCAAGGUUUACACCAUGUUAGACACUAUGGGACUUGUAACAAAACCUCACAGAUGUCCCAUUCCUGUUUCCAAUGACCCUGAUAAAAUAGUUAUCCCUACUGAAAGAACUUCCAACAAAGUUGUCAAAAAAUUAUUGUAUGUUACCGAAGAUGAGGUUCCAAAUAAUAGUUCUGAGUCGUCUCCUCUUUUUGGAGGCCAUAUAAGUUGGAAACAGAGGGAGGAGAGUUUCAAACUGAAGUCAAAUAUGAAGGUGCACUGUGGAUUUAUCCAAGGUGGUGGUGCUGAAAUGGAUCCUGUAGACAUUAAAUAUGUUAAGAAAUGCAAAUUUGUUGUUGCAUCUGGCAUUUUUGACGGCUAUGAUAUACCUCAUCAACCAUCAAAUAUAAGCCUUCGGUCAAAGAAACUUUUUUGCUUUCUUAUGGUGGUGGAUGAGGUAUCUCUGGAAUUCAUGAGGGAAAAUACUACUGUGAAAGAAGACAAUGCUGGUGGAAAAUGGGUGGGAAUUUGGCGACUUGUUCUUCUUAAGAAUCAACCUUAUGAUGAACCAAGAAGGAAUGGGAAGGUUCCUAAAAUAAUAACUCACAGGUUGUUUCCUCAAGCACAUUAUAGUAUAUGGAUUGAUGGUAAAAUGGAGCUGGUAGUUGAUCCAUUGCUAAUCCUAGAAAGAUACCUUUGGCGAGGGAAAAAUACAUUUGCCAUUGCUCAACAUAAGCAUCACCGUAAUAUAUACGAGGAGGCUGAUGCAAACAAAAGGCGAAAGCGAUAUGCACGACCCCUUAUUGAUCUCCACAUGAAAAUCUACUAUUAUGAGGGGAUGAAACCAUGGAGUUCAAAUAAAAAGACUAUUAGCGAUGUACCAGAGGGAGCGAUUAUCAUUCGAGAACAUACGGCCGUGAAUAACUUGUUUAGCUGCUUGUGGUUCAACGAGGUUCACCUCUUCACGCCCAGAGAUCAGCUGAGUUUUGGCUAUGUUGCGUACAGAUUAGGGGACGCGUUUGAAUUCUUCAUGUUUCCAAACUGUGAAUACAAUUCACUGUUUGUGCUGCACCCUCACACAAGAGAGCACUCUUCUCCCAUAGAAUGGGUUAAACAGUUGGAUCAACUUAAAAAGAAUAGUAAUUUAAAAGAAAGUAGGGGAGGAUUAGGCUUGUUUACACCUUAUCCUGGUGAUCUUAAUUCAGUUGUUCUGCCGCAAAUAACAAGAACAUCAAAAGCAGGAUGACAUUUUUGUUUAUUAUGUUUUAACAAUAUUUAACACAUGAAAACGAGGAAAAAAUAAAUUGUGUAUUAUUUAUCUAAUAUUUAAAAAAUUAUUUUAAAGUUUAUGUUAUAG